UCUCUCUCUCUCUAAAAAUCCCCAAAUCUUCCUUCUUCUCUCCUCCUUCAAUGGCUUCUCAGCCAUCUCCUCCCCCUCCCCUCUCAAACCCUAACCCUCUUCCCGCCACCCAAUCACAACCUCCUCCGCCUUUCCGCAUUUUCAUUUCUCACAUAACCGACACCGUUCGCAAUGGCUUUUCCCAGCGCCGUCCAUGGUCAGAGAUCGUCGAUCGUUCCGCCUUCUCCAAACCCGAUUCUCUCUCCGACGCAACUUCUCGAAUCCGUAAAAACUAUACAUAUUUCCGCGUCAACUACAUUUCAAUCGUCGCCCUCGUCCUAGGAAUAUCUCUUCUAACGAACCCAUUAGCGCUAAUCUUACUCGUCGGACUUCUCGCCGGUUGGGUUUUCCUUUACCUAUUCCGUCCUUCAGAUCAGCCUGUUGUAAUCUUCGGUAGAACAUUUUCGGAUAAAGAAACGAUUGGGAUGUUGAUUGUUGCUAGUGUGGUUGUGGUUUUUCUUACUAGCGUUGGAUCUGUUUUGAUCACUGCAUUGUUGAUUGGAGUUGGGGUUGUUUUUGUACAUGGAUCGUUUAGGGUUCCUGAAGAUUUGUUUAUGGAUGAUCAAGAACAACCUCCGAUGGGAUUCUUAUCAUCUUUUAUUGGUUCUUCAGGUGGUGUCGGUGGUGGUGCUGCUUCGACGCCGGCGGUGUCGGCUCGUGUUUGAUGAGAGAUUGAAGAUAGUUUUGGGGUAAAAAAACUAUGUUUAUUUGAAAUAUAAUGAAAUUGUUGUUGUAGUAGAGAAAAUUACAAAUACUGCAGAUAUAUCAAUGUAAAUGUUACCACCAAUGGAUUGAUACA